UUCAGCUCCUCCUUCACAUUCCAGGCCUGCCCAGGCUCCUCUCCAAAGAUUUCAAAAAUGGAGCCUCUCACAAGUUAUCCUCUGAAAUACUCAGUGCCCAAAGCCAGGGUCUUUGUUGUCUUUCUGUCAAUGGUUUUGUGCACCUCCAUUCUCUGCCUUCUCCAACUCAGGUUUUUUAAAUUUAAAACUAAAGAUUUUUAUUCUUUUGAAGUCAAGGAUUCACGAGGAAGGAUCAUUUCCUUGGAGAAGUACAGAGGGAAAGCAACUUUGGUUGUAAACGUGGCCAGUCACUGCCGCUACACAGAGAAAAAUUACAUCGCACUGCAAGAGCUACACAGAGAGUUUGGUCCCUCCCACUUCACUGUGCUGGCGUUCCCCUGCAACCAGUUCGGAGAAUCAGAGCCUGGUUCAAGCCAGGAAAUAGAAUCUUUUGCCAAAGGAAACUAUGGAGUAACAUUCCCUGUUUUCCACAAAAUCAAGAUCCUAGGAUCAGAAGCAGAUCCCGCCUUUAAAUUUCUAAUAGAUUCUUCAAAGAAAGAGCCUCGAUGGAAUUUCUGGAAGUACCUUGUCAGCCCUGAGGGUAAAGUCGUGAAAUUCUGGAGACCCGAAGAACCAAUAGAAAGUAUCAAGCCCGAAGUAACAUCAUUAAUCAGGCAGAUUAUCAUGAAGAAAAGAGAAGACCUCUGAAAAAGCCAUUCAACAUCUCGGGUGUACAGCCUCUCUGCAUUCCUGGGAAAUGUUGCUAGAAGUUAAAAAGGUGAUUUUGCUGCUCUUCAKCAUUGGUGCUUGUAAUGUGUUAAUGCUGCAUUGGCUCCUGCAAUGGCCUCAGGAACAGCUGGGGUUACUGACAUGAUAGGACACUCAGUACCUUGCAGAGAGGGACCUUCAAUUUGCAUAAGGGGAUAAUGUGUUUUGUUUUUAAUUGCUGACAAUAGUUAAUUAAAAUUGUCACCAGCAGGGAGAUAGUUAAAAAUAAGAUUUAUUAAUAAAUUACUUACACAGUAAUUUACACAUUUUUUUCCCAUCUACCAUUAAGGAAGAGAUUUUUAUAUUUCAUUAACCCAUAAUUGCCCCAUUGUAAAACAUAUGGGGCCCAAAAUAUCCAUAGCAGGGUUUCUAGAGACAAAUGUAACUGAAGAUAGCAGCUUUGAAAUAUCUUCUCAAGGAAGACUAUUGAAAUGUGAAGCUGUCAGUUGCAAAAAAUUGUACAUGGAAAAUAAAAUUAUUAAAAGAAGCAAAAAAUUGGGGGAAAAAAGUUUGUUCGCUUGCUUUAUAUUUUAAUUAUUUUAYGUUUUAAUUUUACAACAACACCUUUAAACCCUUCAGCCUUCUCCAUACAUUUGUGCUGCAGUACAGUGCUUCAGGUGUGAGCUCAUCUCCUGCUGGAUUCCUUCUGUUCUGCCCUGGAUGAAGGCAGGGAUGCAUGAUUGSUACCAGAAGGAUUCAAGAAGCAACAAAAAUCAAGGGCCUGGCUUUCUAGCAGACAUCUUUCUGAGACAGUCCCAGACAGUGCUCCCCAGCACCCAUCUACCUCUCAAUUCUAGAAUAAAACUGCAGUUUUCAAGUAGAAGGGGAUAAAGGUUCAUGGCUCAAGCCCCUCUCUUCUCACCUUGUAAUCUCCCCACYCCUGCAUGUAACUGCAAACCCAUUUCCAGUUCUGUUCCACUGUUCUGUUGCAAACUGCCAAGUGUUUUGAUUUACCUGUUUGCAAAAGGGAGAUAGUAAACUUGAAUGAGAAACCUCACUCCAGCUGUCCAUGUCUUGAAGGAGUGUAGGAGUGCUGAGAGAAAGGAAGUGAGAAAAACCUGUGUCUAAGCAGAGUCUUCUAYAUGAAAAGGGCAGACAGAAUUAAUGCUAUCUUGUAAGGCUAACAGUGAUCGAAAAUACCUUAAGUGCUUCAGAACUUUUUCCAAUAAAGACAGACACCUAAGUGUAUUGAAAAGGUGAGAAAUUCAAAAGCAAUUUCAAAAUGAAAG